AUGGCUUCGUCCGAUGAUGAAUGUGAUGACGACGACUUCGACGCAGAAGACGAGUCGUACCAGGCGAUUCGAAUUCCUUUGGGGCACCCGCCUGUGGUUUUUGGCCUGCCGGGAAGUGAUCACCUGCUGCAGCAGGUCCUUGCCCAUUUACGCUGGCGAUCAGGGGAGUGCCACUUUGCCAUGUUCGACAAUGGUGAGAUUGGCGCGAAAGUGUUGCAGACGGUGACCAAUCAUGAUGUCUUUGUGAUCAUCGUCCGCAAUGAUACCAUGUCCGAGGUGAACUUCUCCCUGAUGAGAUUGCUGCUGCUGGUGGAUGCUCUCAGGGGUGAGUCUCCACAUCGACUCACCGUCGUUAUGCCCUGCCUCGAGUAUGCACGACAGGAUCGCAAACUCAUGGCCGGCGAGGCCAUUCCUCCCAAGCUGAUGUUCCGAUGCAUCAAGACUGCGGGGGCCGAGCGUUUCGUGACCGUCGACUUGCACAACCAGGCUGAAGGUGCAUUCAGCCCACCUGGCAUGGUGCUUGAUGAGCUGAGCUCAGAUAGGUACCUGGCCGACUUCAUCCGACAGAACAUUCCGGUGUUCGACGAGGAGCGUGUCCUUGUUUGCGCCACGAGCGGCGGAGGCAUGAAGUUCACGCGGCGCAUGGCCGACAUCCUGGGAGUGGGCUUCAUCAUGGCGGAUCGCUUCAGACAGAAGGUGAGUUACAAGUAUGACUUUGCCAGCGGGGACCGCGCCUUUCCGAUCCUCAUAGAGAGUCUUCCAAUCAACCUGACGGAAGACGUAGACCCAAGCCUCGGCUUGCUCUUCGUCUUCUCGGAAGCCGUCGUUCCGGGUGCGGGCCUCGUGGAGCUCGUGGCGCUGGGAGAUGUGCGUGCGCUCAGCUUUGUGGAUGGGCAGGUGUCACUGGUAACGAAUGGCACCUACGGCAACCGGUCUAUUCUUGUUACACCGGCAACUGAACUGCGGCCAGACUUAGAGUACGACGUAAGACUGCGUGCGGACGUGGUGCGGGACCUGGCUGGCAACCCACUCCAGUACUGCAAGAUUCUGUUCCGGACAGGUGGAUCGCCAGAGAACUUCGUAGUGUUUGCCCCAUACAUACAGGACCCCAUGUCUCCACUUCUUGUUUCAUUCCGAACGAGUGAACAUGGGCUUUAUGGAUCUACAUCUGAUCUGUACCGCUUGGAGUUGUGGGUUGAGAGCAGCUUGCUUUUCGCAGCACCCUCGCAGACAACUGGCUGUAGCAUCGUUUUGGAGAUCUCUGAUACCUUUCCUGCCCUGCAGCAGUGUCGAUUUGAUCAAGGCCGCUUCACGCUCACGCUUCAAUCGCCUCUGCAGUCAAGCACGGAGUAUACGUUUGUGAUGCAGUGGCCAAUCUCAGCUUUGGGAUCGGGCGAGAGCAUGGUGACAUGGAACUUGGUGACGGCCCGUACCUAUGCGGGAGAUUGGAUUGAGGUGCAAGAGCUUGUGCCAUGGCGGCACCGUUUCGCAGAUCACCUCCAGACGGUUGUGAAUGGCUCUGAUGUUUCUGUCCACUCCUGGCAGGUUCUACCAUCUGCAGGCGCUUUCUCCAACUCCUCGAGUCAGGUCUCCGGUCCUGAGACCCUUCGGGAGUAUGACUUCGCAAUCGAGUUUGGUGGACAAGGGAUGCUGGCAGGCUCACGUUUGCGGCUCAUCGGCUCCCCUCUCAUUGGAUGGAGCACCGAGGCCUCCCGACCCGUCAACGCAAGCAUGUUGACAACGUUGCUGCAGAUGCCCUGGAACACGCGCUCGGGGCCUUGGCGACAGACCCGAGGUUGCGGCCACUUCUUUCCUGGAGACUUUCCUGCCCAGACCUCCUGCGAGCUCCUGGAGUACAAUGCGGGCGGUCCUACUUACGGCUUGGAGCUGAGGCUUCCGAGCUCAGCAAGCACCUUGCUGCCCUUGAGGCCAUACACAUUCUCGCUGUCCGUCCCGGGAAUCAAGCAGCCUCUGGCAGCUGCCGUGCGCUGGGAAGCGAUUCUGUCCCAGUGGGUGGCCGGGGCCUUUGAACACAGCCCAGUGGCAGUUAGCGGUUCCGUCAUGCUCUCCAACACCACGGAGGGCAUGUCGCUGGAGGUGCUGUCGAGCACCUACAAGUAUCCUGCACCCAUGGGCAGCAUCCUCAGCCGGGUGGAGAUCGAGCUGAAGCUCGGCGUCUUUGCACCUCCCGGCCCGGGCUCCGUGAUCCUGGAGCUUCUGGAGCCUGAAGAUGCCAGGAUGGAGACUUGCGAGCCAGUUGCGGGCAUUGCCUGGCUUGGGGAGAGCCCUCCGGACAUGUCAGUUACCGGCACCGCGAGUCGGGCAAGCUGGCACAUGGAGUAUGGUGCUCGCCGCAACUUCAUCAUCUACCCGCGGGUGGCCUAUCGGACGGCAUGCUGGGUCUACAAUGGCCCGAGCCCGCUUAUGUACAGCACGUGGCGGCUGGCUGUGGAGGUCCUGGUGGAAAACUCUGCCUUGACCUUCGACGCUCACGCCAGUUCUUACCAGUACUUCGUCGUUCCGGCCUUUGCAGCUGCACAGAUCCUUCCAACGCACCCUGUCCUUGGGAAGUUUCAGGUCCUUCUUAUCCGAGCUGCCCUCCCCGAGCGAGAUGGCUUCUCCCUGACACAUUGGAGAACCCCUGCCCAUCGACUGCAGUUGCUUGCCCCAAACGGCUUCGCAUUUCCGGAUGGGCCUUGUCCAGACUUCUGGCCCAUGAGCUCUUUGCCGCCCGUGCCCCGAACCUCUUGCACGGCCGCUGUGCCCAAACCUCGGGCAGUGGAUGUUCAGGUCGACUUGGAGGCAGGUUUUGAGCCGGGUCAGAGCUUUGCCUUUCAGAUCUCUGUUGAGAACCCUCCCGAGAGCUUUUGGUCCACGGCUUCCGCAGAUGAGCUUCUCUUGCACGCAUCUGGUUGGUCGUUAACGUUGAUCGAGGGCAACGGCAUGCCCGUGGCGUUGAUGGAGAACAUCCCUUCUGUGAGAAGCUCUGUCACGGCUGCCUUGAGACCCAACGACCCAGCCUCAAUCUAUGACAGCUCCUUCCGGCUCUACAAGAAGCAGAUCUCCAUCUUGGCCAUCUUUGCCGAAGAUCAGCGGGCAGGUCAGACCACCAGGGUGCAGGUGGACUUCAUGCUGCAGACCCCGCUUCGGACGGGCGACUCCCUAGUGGUGACGGUGCCCUCCCUUUUCAGCUGGGUCAUGCCUGCUCGCCUCUAUGACCCGCUGACGACAGGCAGCCUGCAGAGGUUCCCAACGAUUGAGCCGGAGAUCGACGCAGCUGCCGCGUGGAUACUCAGGGUGGCAAUUCAAGGCACAGCGCGGGCGGAGGUAAGCUAUGCCAUUGCAGCAGAUGUGAUAAACCCCUCUUCAGUUGAGUGGACAGCCCUCGAUGCGGCCUUCAACUAUUGGCAACUCGAGAGUCUGUACAGGUAUCUACCGUUUGAGUCGUUUGAGAGCCGCCGGGAUGUGGGAGUCCGGCGAGGCUAUGACGUGAUCGGGGCCCUGCAGUACUGCGCCGCAGCGCCCUCGAGCAGGUUGCGUGGCUUCGACAGCUGGGUGUCACUGAGCUUUCAGCUGGCUGAGCCUCUUGGUGUCCAGUCGUGGCGUCAACCAGAGCUGCCUUCGAGCGUGCGAGUGUUGCUCCCGCAGGGCUUCUCCGUUUUUCCUGCGGAGCAAGGUAACAACUGCUCCAGUGUCCUGAAGAUGGCAGAUCCCGAGAGCCCAAAGCUUCCAGUGCUUCAGUUUCCUCGUGGGUACUCCCCUUUACCCGACUUGGACAGUUUCGUGUGUGUGAGCAACGUGGAGCGAACUGAUUUGACACUGGCAUUUUCUGAUGUCUCGGACUCUGCUGGACAGCGUCUGCUGCCUCACGUGGUCUAUGCUUUCCGACUGCGAGUGCAAUCGCCUAGGUUUGAUCAGAUCCGCGGUCAGUAUUGGUCCCUGGAAACCCUGACGGCGCAGGGACAGGUUCGACAGAGCUGUUCCGUCGAUGCUUGGGAGCUGUCGGAUCUUCUCGCAGGCGUGUCAGGAUCUGGCUUGUCUGGGAUGGCGCCCACGUUGGAGACGACCUUCACUUUGCAGAUGCAGGGAUCGGCCUUGGACGCUUUCUCUGCUACCCAGCUCUCCCUGGAGCUGCAGGCUCCGGUUGGAUUCGUCUUCUUUCGUGACUGUGCCGCAAAGUGGCCGGCGAUACAGCCUGAGACGGCUUGGCAGCUGACCGGCUGCAUCGGAGAUGGGGCUACUGCGAGAGUCGACGUGCUGCGGCUUGCUGCUGGGGAAGACAUGGAGAUCAGUGCGACAGUCCGGCUGCCAUCUUGGGCAAUUGAUGGACAGGUUCACUUGUGGUCAGUACGUGGCACGGCACAAGAUGCCCGCUUCGAAGCCAAUGAGUUGAUGGGACCAUCUCCGGCCGAGUUGGGGGAUGUUCGGCUGCAGCCACUGUCAAGCAUCCUCUUCCGUGCUGAAGCAGUCACCCAAUCCGCUGUCCUAAGCUUCGUGCCUGCUGUGGAGCUACCUGCAGGAGGUUUCAUCGAAGUUGCCUUGCCGGGCCAGGAUGCAUUCGUCUUUGUCGCUGAGGCACCUUGCCUGUCGCUGAUUGAGGAUCCGCUGUCACUGCUGCCACAAGUGUUGGAGAUCCAAGGAGGUGGUCAGUCUGCUCAAAGCUGUGACUUGGCUACCAGCUGCACCUGGCCCAAGCUGUUUGACUGCUCGAAGCGGAGUUCCUCCGUGCGCAUUCAGGUCGCAGAAGUCUUGGCCCCUGGUGUGCGCCAUUGCUUCGGCAUCCAAGCAAGCGUGCCCGAAGGCCGAUCUGUCCCAGCAUUUCCCCUGCGCCUUCAGUCAGUCGACGAGUCCGGGCUGGUGCUCGAGAUCGCACCGCUUGUUGGGCAAGGCCAUUAUGACCUUGGUGUGGCGCCCGUGGUGCAGACGCUGGCCCAUCUCUCAUUGUGCUAUCCUGGCCGACUCCCCAGUGUAGAGCCUGUCGACAUCGUGCUGAGCUUCGCCCUGAGCUCCUUGAUCUUGGCCUCCACGAGCCAGACAUUGAGUGCACGUUUCUGCCUGGCAGGGUUGGAGCUGGGGUCGAACGCUCCACUAACCUGUACCGUGCUGGAGCCCUCAGCCCAGGCAGCCCAGGCUGCGUGCCGCUUGCUGACGGGUUGUGGAACCUGCAUCUCGCUGGAGAGCGACGACUUGUGGACACCUUUCGAGCGCGUCAUCCUAUCCUUUCCAGCGAUCUUGAAUGCAGGUGCCGUCCCCGGUGUGGAUCUGGAGUUGCUCACCUCCUCGACAGGCUCAGUCAGUGUUCUUCAGGGAAAAAGCUACCUGACCUCAUUGCCAAUUCUACCCAUUCUACCUCUAAGAGUUGUUGCGCCAGUGGCGCCGACACUGGACACCGUCAUUUCUGUGUCCCUGGUGAUUGAUUGGCAAGAGAUUGCGAGCGGUCCUGUGAGCUUGCUUCUGAGCCCCACGGCUGGGGAGAGCCCUGCGAUCUUGGACGUGUCCCUUCCAUUUGGCCUGACAGCCUUUGCUGGCACGGCCUGCAGCCCAGUUCAGUGUGAGCAGGCACCACCAGAUGAGGCAGCCCCCGAGCCCGUCCUGCGAUUCUUACUUCAGAGACCAGUGGGUUCGGCACCCUGGGAAGCCCGCCGUCUCAGGGAACUCAGAGAACUCGCUGUUGAAAACUUGCCUGCCCAGCUGCAAGUUAAUCUCUUUGCGACGGCGCCCGUGUCAGCGGAAAGCAGGUGGCGCUUUGUUCUGAGAACGGAGACAUUGAAGGCGCUGGGAGCCAUUGCUCUUCCUGGCUUCGCGGUGGUGUAUCCCGUCGCCUUGGCUGUGCAAACCUCUUCACAACGGGCUGGGAGUCUAUUUUCCAGGUUUGUGCUGGAGUUCAAGCUCUCAUCUGCGUUGCAGAGCGGCUCCUUCCUGCACAUCCGCACUCCCGAUGGGAUUGUCUCGGAGCCAGACAAGGUGGAGCCAGAAUAUCUCUUCGAAGUGGCAUCCCUGCCUGCAAGUUGGCUCAACAUGACAAACGCGCUCCUCUUUAGAGCGAUGCAGGAUUUGGCAGCCGAUGUGGCAUACACCAUUAACGUCCCCAUGGUCAAUCCCAUCUUGAUGCCGCUUGUCAAUGAGUGGCUGGUCCAGGUUCUUGAGAUUGACUUUGCUGCAACAGGGCUCCCCAACUCAAUCGGGAGGAAUCAAGGGUUCGAGGUUUAUGGGGAGUUCGAGCACUUUGGCAUGUCCGUGCAAUCUGCAGUUCCGCUGGUAGCUGCACCAGCACUGGUCCAGUUUAAGCUCCGAACGCCCUUCCCCGAACCGUCUGCAACUUUUCAACUGCGCAUCGUCAAUUUCGGUGUGGCUGGGCGCGCAAGUGUCUUUGACCCUGGUAACUGCAUUCUGGAUGCGACACGGCCCUCGAGCACUCUCGCUGUGCAGCCCCCUGAGAUACUGCUUCUCACUCCUUCGGAUUGCUUGGUGUCCUCCAAUGGCUUGGUUGCUGACUUAGUGUUCGACGAGCAAGUCUUCACCAACCAGGACUACUCUUUCUGGAUUUGGAUACGAAACCCGGAACACACCAGCCAGCUAAGCUUGCAGACCUUUGCCGCCAGCACCGUCGCAAAUGGAGAUCAGAUCGUUCAUCAGACCUCCUUCUUGUCAUCUGCCCUGCUCACGCUGCGUGGGAGGCUCAGUCCGGGAUCCUAUGCGGCAGGGGCUUCGCACCGGGCCGUGCUCAGCAUCUAUACCGGAAGCAGUCUGCGAGGCCAGCGCGGUUCCAUCGAGGUGCAGCUCCCGCUUGGCUUCCUUGCCUCCUGCCAGAGUGACUUGGCUCGCGGAGUCAGGUCGGUUUCUGUUCUUCAUUACCCGGUGAGCGGCUCUGAGAUAGGUGACUUUCGUCCACGUGGGGCGCUGCCCACGACGGCCCGAUGCCGAAGCUUCGACUCACCGCCCAUUUUGCAGGUCUACUGGAGAUCGCUUUUUGGGCGUUCAGAGCUUACACCGCCCUAUGAGUUCGCGUUCGGGCUAACGAAUCCUACUGGGCCGCUCACAGCGAACAGCUGGGUCGUCACCAUCUUUGAAGGUGAGAACCAAGAUUUUGCUGUAGACGCUUCCGGACCUGCUGGCAUUGAAGGCUUUGAGGUUUGCGAUCCCAUGACGAACGCGAGCCUGCGAAGGGAGGACGCCUCCAUUAUUUCCUUAGUGCUUUCCGUCGGGGUGGAUGUGCCUGCAAGCUUCGACCUCUUGCUCAGGAUAGAGCUUCGUUCAUCCCUAAGUGCCCGCGCGUACCUGCAGUGCCCGGACACUUCGCUAUGGCAACCAAGAGAGAAUCUGCGGAAUCACAUCAGCGUGACUGCACAGGGUUUGCCACGCUACACAACAUGUGUGGAGGAGCCAGAAGUCAGUCAAACGGAGGAGUACAUCGCAAGUGCUCACCAGCACAACUCUGCCGUCUUGUUCGUGCUGCCCUAUGCUCGCUUCUACGGCAUUCAGGCCGAACCUCUGGGCCUGGAAGUUCGAAUGCGAAGGGUGAGCGAAGGAUUUUCGGUGCUCGAGCCGUCCCCAGCUGAAGCAGCCUCGGAGUUGGUGAACUUCAACUUGGAGGCCAACGGGCGCAGAGUCCGCUGCGGAUCGCUUCCCCUAGGCCGGGGGGCACGGGACGAAGGGGUUCGCACCGACUUAGGCGUUCCCUCUUUUUUCGUUUCCUUGGAGGCGGUUGUCAGGAAUGCUACUUGGGAUGUUCCCCUUAUGCUAACAGUCCUUUUAAUAGGGAUGCUAGUACCCCCCCUGGGUGGCUUAAAUAGGGUCUAUUUGGAAGCUGGGACUCGGGUUUUCUUAUAG